GUGGUGUUCUCGCCCGCGUCCGGGAGGCUGGGCCGAGGCGGUUCUGGGUGGGCUUGAGGACCCUCCUUUUCUUGGCGGGAAUCGGGCGUGCUGUCCUGCUUCCCGUUAUGUACGGAGGCAGAAGGAAGGGUUCUACCCCUCGGCGUCAUGUCUUCGGUGCCGGCGGUUUCCCGUCCGCCGGUUCUAUCCUCAAGCGCCGGGACACAGUUCUUUUCCGAGCAGCACAGAACUGAGGUCCAGUGGUCUCCACAGUGUGCUCACGCCGUCUUCUUUGGUUUCAGAUCUGCGAAUGCCACCGCAGGAGCGAGAGCUGCCGUGUGCCCUGUCUUCCCUUCACCGUUGCAACCAAUAAAGGCUGUUGUUACUGUUAGAUCUCCCCUUGGAGAACUCAGGCCCUUGUUGUAGUGCAGAGUACACUUAACACGAGGUUCUUAGACUGACCUUGACCUUGCUGAGACCUCCGGAUGGCUGCGCUGCGCGGAACACUCCUACUAACCCGGCCCAAAAGCGCCUUGGCGGGUUCCCUGGCCAGUAGUUGCCUGGCAGACCGCUGCCUCUGGGAUCGGCUCCACGCUCAGCCUCGUGUGGGCAACGGCCUCACCUUUGACUGGUUCUUUGGAUACGAGGAAGUUCAGGAACUCCUACUUCCACUACUGCAAGAGGCACCAGCUGCCUCUCCACCUCGGGUGUUGGAUGUGGGCUGUGGAACCUCAAACCUGUGCACAGGCCUCUACACCCAGUCCCCAUACCCCGUUGAUGUUCUAGGAGUGGACUUCUCCCCUGUGGCUGUGGCCCACAUGAACAGCCUUCUGCAGGGUGGCCAAGGUCAAACACCACUAUACCCUCGCCACCCUGAUUCCCACCUCCGCUUCAUGCAGGCUGAUGCCCAGAAUCUGCGUCCUGUGGCUGCCUCGGGCUCCUUCCAGCUACUGCUGGACAAGGGCACCUGGGAUGCUGUUGCACGUGGUGGUUUGCCUGGGGCUUACCAGCUGCUAUCAGAGUGCUUGAGGGUCCUCAGCCCCAAUGGCACCCUGAUUCAGUUUUCAGAUGAGGACCCUGAUGUGCGACUGCCCUGCCUGGAGCAAAGAUCUGGUAGGACUGUGGCUGUGCAGGAGUUAGGCCCUUUUAGGGGCAUCACCUACUUUGCUUACUUGGUUAAAGGUUAUUAUUAAAGAUAUUUUAGUCUUGACCAUAUUGUUUUCUGUUGGAAAGAGCUUUGUCUUGGGAAAGUGUAUGGCUGGGAGUGAUGGCACAUGGCCUGUAAUCCCAGGCACUGGAAGUGGAUCACCCUCCCUUCCAACUAACAGCUGCUCAAAGUGGCAGAUGGGAACUCAGU